CCCUCUCGCUCUCUUUCUCUCUCACACAUCUUUCUGUUUAGGAAUGUGACGUGCAGCCCGGCUUCCUCUCAGAGAGCUGAGAGACACGCGCACUCAGAUCAGCACCCAGCAUUCGAUAUUCACGCAUUUCAGCAUCAUGCAUCCAGCCAUUCUUUGGGCAGCCCUGUUUUGUAUAGUCUUGGCUGAAAAAUCCCCUCGACUGAAAUUUACUGUGCAAGAGCCUGCAAGGUUUCACUUCACAAAGCCAGAAAACUACAUGACGAUGUACCACCAGCAGGGGAGUAAUGUUCUGUAUGUGGGGGGGCAAGCUGUUAUUUAUAUGAUAAACUUCACCCAGAAAGGAGUGCAAGAAAAACAGAUAUCUGCAGUGCCUGAUGAAAAUUCCAGACAAAGCUGUUUUGCCAGAGCAGUAUCUAAGAUUGAGUGUGACAAUUUCAUCACUGUCAUUGAGAAAGUCAAUGACACCUUUGUGGUGUGUGGGACAAAUGCCGGUACUCCAAAAUGUUGGUUAUUGGUGAAUAACUCUGCACUCACCGACCUACCUGAUAAUGUGCAGAGGAUAUCAGCCUCAGAUAUUUCCCCGACCAUCCCUUCUCAACGCUCUGUCAGUCUCUCAGCAGGUGGAAGCCUGUAUUCUGCUUUGUCAGCUAUGGGAAAAAAGCUUGGCUCUAUACGUCGCACAUACAGCUCUAACAAGCUGCUGAAAACUGAGAACAAAUGGCUGUUGAACCCUCAGUUUGCUGGAGCUGCUGUCAUUCCAGCAACAGAGAAAUUCAAUGAGGAGAUCUACAUUUUCUUCAGUGAGAUCAACAAGACAGCUGAUCUCGAUGAAGAACCAUACAGGGCCCGGAUUGGACGAAUCUGCAUGAAUGAUGAGGGUGGCACAAAGACAGUGCUGCCUGACUCUUGGACUACAUUCCUGAAGGCUCGUGUAAGGUGUGGGGCAGGCAGCACCCCUCAGCAGUACAAUAACAUCAAGCGAGCAUUUGUGCUUAUAUCCCCACAUCGUAUUGGUGUCAUGUAUGGACUUUUUUCCAAUGCAUGGGGCACAACUGUAGUCUGUGCAUACUCAAUUCAGGACAUUGACCAGGUGUUUGUUAAAUCAAAGCUUACAGGGUACAACAGCCCACUCAAUGGAAAUCGACAUGGAAUGUGUGGUCCUAAGAAUCAUACAACAGCUCAGUACCCAAAAAGGCUGGAAGUGAUCAGGGAUCAUCCUGAGAUUGAGGAUGUGAUACUGUCAGUGGGAGAAGCUCCUUUGGAUCUGCCCACUGAAGACCAUUUCACACACAUUGUGGCAGACAGUGUGCUCGCAGUCAAUGAAGAACAUUACAUCGUCAUCUACCUGGGCACAGAACAGGGAAAGAUUUUAAAAGUACUCCACACCAAUGAAGAUGUUUUUAUUAUAUCCCAAUAUUCUCUGUUCCACAACGAGGGGCCCAUCAUUAACAUGGCCAUCGACUCACAGAAAGGUCACCUUUACAUUGGCACUGCGAUGGAAGUCCAGCGCCUACCACUGGCUGACUGCAGUCGAUACGGAGACACUUGCAGGGAGUGCAUUCUCUCCAGAGACCCAUAUUGUGGAUGGGACUUGACUAAAAAGCGGUGCCUAGCUAUUCCAGCAAACUACAAUGUCACUACUGGUGGACUCUUACAGAGUCUUGAUCAAUCCAAUGCAUCUGUUUGUGGAGACACUGCAGCUUUAAAGAUACGCAGUACAAUUCCUAAGGAAGUGCAGAUGCACAAAGAUGGCCCGGUCCUGUUGCCAUGUCCCGUUCGCUCCUACCAUGCCACGUACAGCUGGGAGAAGGACAACUGUAUUAAGCGAUACCCCUGUACCAUCUCCGGCUCAUCCUGUGUGCUUGGCUCAAACCCUGAUCUGCCCUUAAAGGAGGGUGUAUUCCGUUGCAUGGCCACAGAGAGUGGCCUGAAACAGGAAGUGGUGUCCUACAGGCUGGUGUUUAAUGCUGGGCCUUCUGCUACUUCAUCGGCUACCACACUGGCUCUGUCUCUACUGCUGGCCAUGAUCGGCUUCUGCCUCCAGUAGCCUGCUAACACACUACCUCAGGCUCUUAGUAGAGAUGAUUGGAGCAUUAUUUGAUACCAAGGUUAGGUUCACAUAGACUGUACAAGGCCUGUUUAGUCAAAGACAAGGAAUGUAGGUUAUAAUGUGUAAUUCUAUCAGGUAAAGCAAUUUUAUUUUAGCAUCAAAAAGAUUGAAAACCUAUCUGAAUGUCAUUUCGUACAUAUCAAAGAUUGAGAUUGAGUGAAUAACUUAAUGCACUGAGGAACACAACGGUCUCACUGCUUUGUGAACCUAACCUGUGGAACAAGCAGCAGGCCUAUGUAUUCUACAUACACCAGAUGCUUUAUACUUCUAAAUUAUGGAUCUGGAGCUGAAGUAUCACUGUAAUUCAGAUAUUCUGUUCAGUGUUGAUUAUGCUAUUCAUUUAUUCUAUUUAUUUCUCUCUUUUUUGUGCAAACAUCACAGAAAUGACAUAUACAAAGCCUUAAAAACAUGUAUUGGGGAUCUCCCUAAGCACAAUUUACCAUUUGAGCAGAAGCUACAGGAUCUGCCUUGGCUUAUUUUGUGUGCCAUCUUUUUGCUGGGCAGGUGGAAAUAAACUAUAAUGGCAGAAGACGGAUCAUCCAAAUAUGCCACUGUGUAAAACAGCAUCACUUCAAACCUAUACAUUCUUUGAUGUAUACAGAGACAUACAGCAUUUCAUACUUGUGUGAACUUCUGUGAUAAUUUUUUUAAAUAACAAUAAGCAUUGAACUUUCAAAAGUUAUGAUAUGAUGGCCAAAUAUGCUUGAAUAGUAGAAUUACAUUUUGUAGUUGAUGUGGAAAAAAAGCUUGUGAUUAAUCUUAUAUCGAUGUAAAUUUAAUGCUCUGCAUUUGCUGAUCUCCACCAUUGCUGCCUAUGUAAAUGGAGGGAACACCUGACAGUUUUAUAGUGAUGUGAGUAUUGUCUUUAGAGCAUAUCAUGUUUUGGUUUAAGUGAAUGUCUCAAUGUUUGAUCUAACUGUUGUUCAUAUGGGACUGUGAUUAUUAUAAGCACUCAAACAGUCACUGAAGAGAGGAAGAGAGAGACAAAAUUUCAUUCAUUGUGUCAUUCCCAGAGCAAUCUCUCCCAAAACAACUGACCCCAUAUGCCAUUUAUAAAUGACUUUAACCUCAUUCAUUUUAACAAUUAUGUCCCAGAGAUCAAGUAAUACUAAAAGCAUUAAUUACUAAUCUAAAAAAAUGUGUAAUGUGUGCUGAUUGCUAUCAUUUAAUUAAAUUUUUAUGGUUGAUGUUAGUGUUGUUUAUUUUGUUAAACUUUUUUUUCACAUGUUCCACUUCUCUAACAAAAUACAACUACCACUGAGAGGUCUCGAAACACAGAUUUGACCUUAUCUGAACUAAACAUUAAUAAAUGUGGUUAAAAGAG